GGCGCGGCCCCGGCAGUGCGCAGGCGCGGCCAUGGCGGCGGAGGAGGCGGCGGCGGUGCGGGAGCAGGCGGAGGCGGUGCGGCGGCUGAAGCAGGACAAGGCCGAGCCCGAGCGGAUCGCGAAGGAGGUGGCGAAGCUGCUGGAGAUGAAGGCGCAGCUCGGGGGAGAUGAGGGGAAGCACAAGUUCGUGCUGAAGACCCCAAAGGGCACGCGGGACUACAGCCCCAAACAAAUGGCCAUUCGUGAGAGAGUUUUCAGUGCUAUCAUCAACUGCUUCAAACGCCACGGAGCAGAAGUCAUUGAUACGCCAGUGUUUGAGCUGAAGGAGACGCUAACAGGGAAAUACGGAGAAGACUCAAAGCUCAUCUAUGAUCUGAAAGAUCAAGGAGGAGAGCUGCUGUCCCUGCGCUAUGACCUGACUGUAUCCUGCAACAGCCAGCACUGGGGCGUUUUGUCAUCUUUGCUGCACUCUUUUUGGGACAGCGCUGCCUCAAGGGCAAGGAAGAGGGAGGACAGUCCCUUGGUUCUGACCCUGUAUAGGCAGGGAAAGCAUGAGCAGGAUUUUGACAUCGCUGGCCAGUUUGACCCUAUGAUUCCAGAUGCUGAGUGCCUGAAGAUAGUGCACGAGAUCCUGAGUGACCUGCAGCUUGGGGACUUUCUCAUUAAGGUCAACGAUCGGCGCAUCCUUGAUGGGAUGUUUGCAGUUUGUGGUGUCCCGGACAGCAAGUUCCGAACAAUCUGCUCCAGUGUUGACAAACUGGAUAAGGCGCCCUGGGAGGAUGUGAAGAAUGAGAUGGUAGGAGAGAAGGGGCUCUCUCCCGAGGCUGCAGAUCGCAUUGGGGAGUACGUCCAGCUUCACGGUGGCCUGGACCUGAUCGAGCAGCUUCUCCAGGACCCGAAGCUGUCCCAGAACAAGCUGGCCAAGGAGGGCCUGGGGGACAUGAAGCUGCUGUUUGAGUACCUGACCCUGUUUGGCAUCACAGGGAAGAUCUCGUUUGACCUGAGCCUGGCGCGAGGCCUGGACUACUACACAGGGGUGAUCUAUGAGGCUGUCCUGCUGCAGCAGCAGAAUGACCACGUGGAGGACCCGGUCAGCGUUGGGAGCGUGGCCGGAGGCGGUCGUUACGAUGGUCUGGUGGGGAUGUUUGAUCCCAAGGGACGGAAGGUGCCCUGUGUGGGGGUCAGCAUAGGGAUCGAGCGGAUCUUCUCCAUCCUAGAGCAGAGAGUGGAGGCCUCUGAGGAGAAGAUCAGGACAACAGAAAUACAGGUGCUGGUGGCCUCUGCCCAAAAGAAGCUCCUUGAAGAGCGGCUGAAGCUCAUCUCUGAGCUAUGGGAUGCUGGAAUCAAGGCAGAAAUACUGUACAAGAAGAACCCCAAGCUCCUGAAUCAGCUGCAGUACUGCGAGGACACGGGCAUCCCCCUUGUUGCCAUUGUGGGAGAGCAGGAACUCAAGGAUGGAGUUGUUAAGCUGCGGGUCGUGGCAACCCGUGAGGAGGUCAACAUUCGCAGGGAGAACCUCAUUGAGGAGAUCAGGAUGCGAACAAGUCAGCUUUAAAGCCCGCAUGGACCUGUCUACUUGUUCAUUGGAUUCUGGUGGACAGAUUUCCUCCUCUAAAUACCAAGUUGGUCGUCUCCUUCACCAGGCCAGGUGGCAGCAAGCGCAGGGUCAGGGGGAGCCCUUGAAAGCUGUAUUUAUUCUUGUUUUGUGCACUCCCUUUCCCAUCGGGGGGAGAGAGGCUACACUGACUCUUACAGAAUGCCCUGGCUCUUCAGUAUGUUGCUGGAAAGAUGUUUUGCAAGUGGCUCUGGCACACCGUGGCCUCCUGUCUGCAGUUGUUACUGUGACAUGUGGAGCCCCGCACUGUCAGCAGACCCCAGGCUCUUGGCUGCAGCUUCUUGUUCCCUUCAUGUUGAAUAAACGUUCAGUCCAGCGUGUGGCUGCAGGGAGGUGACCUUAUCCCAAGCCAGCUGUUCCAAGAAACAAUAAAUACUCUGCCAACCCCC